AUCAGCCACUACUAUCAAUAAAGACAAGUAUCAUGUCCCAAAACACCAAAACAUACAAAGAUGCGUUUGCCCUCUUCGACAAAAAGGGCACUGGAAAGAUCCCAGUUGAACACUUGGGUGACUUAUUAAGAGCCGUGGGCCAGAAUCCCACCUUGGCAGAGAUCUCCGACUUGCAAAGCGGUAUCGGCGGCGGUGAGUUUGAUUUUGAAACGUACAAAAAAAUCAUUGAAAGACCUGAUGGAUUCAAGCCAUUGGGAUUACCAGAAGACUACAUAAAGGGAUUCCAAGUUUUCGAUAAGGACCACACCGGCUACAUUGGUGUGGGUGAGUUGAGAUACAUAUUGACGUCCAUUGGCGAAAAGUUGUCGGAUAGUGAAGUUGACGAGUUGUUGAAAGGUGUCAAUGUGACGUCUGACGGGAAUGUUGACUACGUGGAAUUUGUCAAAUCGAUCUUGGACCAAUAGAUAAUUGGUCCCCGACGCCACAGUACAGUGGUGAAUAUACAAUUGUUACCAGAGCAUAGCUGUAGUUUCCGCGAGGAUUGUAGACGUGGGUGGUGGGGGAAUGGUAAUGAUAUUAUCAGCAGCUGGUGAAACCUCCAU